GCAGCCGAGGGGAGGCGCAGAGCGGCCGGCGUCGGCAUCCUGCUGUGACGUAUCCAUGACGUGAGCGGGGACUUGCGAAGCAGGCGACGCGUCGAAUCCCGGCCGUAGAGGUUGUCGUGAGGCGCGCCUCGAAGAGAGCGGACGUGCGCCCUGCCCAGCAGUGUCGACCACCAAACACUCCACACGCUGAAGAAUGUGCUUGUAGCGAAAACCGUCACCAGUCCAAGAGGGCAACCAGAGCGAGUGAACGAGUGUACAGAGUGAACGUAGCCUAGUGGCGUGUACAUAAGUGUGUACAUAAGAGUGAUCGGUGGUGCUGGUGGAAGCCAGCGUCUGGCCGUUGUUCGUGGAUACCGUGUAUCCUCUGCUGCCGUCCUUCUGCUGAGCAGGGCCACCGACGCCCGCCGCUACUCCAGCAACCAUGGCUGACACGGGCAGAACAGAUUCGUACCGCCACGCUACGGAUCGUAACGUCCCUGAUGAUAACCGAACUGUGAAGGGAGACCCCAAGUCAAAAAAGAAGAAUGUCAAGGGGAAGAGGAAAGGGGAGAAGGAGAAGGAUAUGGACAACCUGAAACAGGAAUUGGAACUUGAUGAACACAAGGUCCCCAUAGAAGAACUCUUUCAGCGCCUCUCCGUCAAUCCUGACACAGGUUUGACACAAGCUGAGGCCCGUCGCAGGUUAGAAAGGGAUGGCCCCAACGCCCUCACCCCUCCCAAGCAAACUCCAGAAUGGGUCAAAUUUUGCAAGAACCUGUUUGGUGGAUUCUCACUGCUGCUGUGGAUUGGUGCCAUUCUCUGCUUCAUUGCUUACUCCAUUGAGGCUGCAUCAGAGGAGGAACCCAAUAAUGAUAAUCUGUACUUGGGCAUUGUGCUCACCGCUGUCGUAAUCAUCACAGGCAUCUUCUCGUACUACCAGGAGAGCAAGAGUUCCCGCAUCAUGGAGUCCUUCAAAAACCUUGUUCCUCAAUAUGCCAUUGUCAUCCGUGAGGGUGAGAAACUGAAUGUGCAGGCUGAAGAACUAUGCAUAGGUGACAUCAUUGACGUCAAGUUUGGUGAUCGUAUCCCUGCUGACAUGCGAGUCAUUGAAGCUCGAGGUUUCAAGGUCGACAACUCUUCACUCACUGGUGAGUCUGAGCCACAGAGUCGCUCUCCUGAAUUCACAUCUGAGAAUCCUCUUGAGACCAAGAACCUUGCCUUCUUUUCCACCAAUGCUGUUGAAGGUACUUGCAAGGGUAUUGUAAUCAAUAUUGGUGACAACACUGUGAUGGGUCGCAUUGCUGGUCUGGCCUCUGGCUUGGAAACUGGAGAGACUCCAAUUGCCAAGGAGAUCAGUCACUUCAUCCACAUCAUUACUGGUGUGGCCGUCUUCCUGGGUGUUACAUUCUUCGUCAUUGCCUUCAUCCUGGGUUACCAUUGGCUGGAUGCUGUUGUGUUCCUCAUUGGUAUCAUUGUGGCCAAUGUGCCCGAGGGUCUGCUGGCCACUGUCACCGUGUGUCUCACCCUCACUGCCAAGCGUAUGGCUGCCAAGAACUGCUUGGUGAAGAACUUGGAGGCUGUGGAAACCCUGGGUUCAACCUCUACCAUCUGCUCCGACAAGACUGGCACCCUCACUCAGAACCGUAUGACAGUCGCUCACAUGUGGUUUGACAACACCAUCAUUGAGGCAGAUACCUCAGAGGACCAAUCUGGCUGCCAGUACGACAAGACUUCUGAGGGAUGGAAGGCUCUCUCCCGAAUUGCUGCUCUCUGCAACCGUGCCGAAUUCAAGACAGGUCAGGAAGAUGUUCCCAUUCUGAAACGAGAAGUGAACGGUGAUGCUUCCGAGGCUGCUCUGCUGAAGUGUGUGGAACUUGCCAUAGGAGAUGUGAGGGGCUGGCGCUCCCGCAACAAGAAGGUCUGUGAGAUUCCUUUCAACUCCACCAACAAGUACCAGGUGUCUAUCCACGAGACCCAGGACAAGAACGACCUCCGCUACCUGCUUGUAAUGAAGGGUGCUCCAGAGAGGAUCCUCGAACGAUGCUCUACUAUCUUCAUGAAUGGCGAGGAGAAGCCUUUGGAUGAGGAGAUGAAGGAAUCUUUCAACAAUGCUUACUUGGAGUUGGGUGGGCUUGGAGAGCGUGUGCUAGGCUUUUGUGACUAUGUCCUGCCCUCCGACAAGUAUCCCCUUGGCUAUCCCUUCGAUGCUGAUGCUGUUAACUUCCCUGUGCACGGUCUUCGGUUUGUUGGGCUCAUGUCCAUGAUUGAUCCUCCCCGUGCUGCCGUGCCCGACGCUGUGGCCAAGUGCCGUUCUGCUGGUAUCAAGGUCAUCAUGGUUACUGGUGAUCACCCUAUCACUGCCAAGGCCAUUGCCAAGUCUGUGGGUAUCAUUUCUGAGGGCAAUGAGACUGUGGAGGACAUUGCCCAAAGACUCAACAUUCCCAUCAAGGAGGUUGACCCCCGCGAGGCCAAGGCUGCUGUGGUCCACGGCUCCGAGUUGAGGGACAUGACUUCUGAACAGCUGGAUGACGUCCUUAUCCAUCACACUGAGAUUGUGUUCGCCCGUACCUCCCCACAGCAGAAGCUCAUCAUUGUGGAGGGCUGCCAGCGUAUGGGAGCCAUUGUAGCUGUAACUGGAGAUGGUGUAAAUGACUCCCCUGCCCUCAAGAAGGCCGAUAUUGGUGUGGCCAUGGGUAUUGCUGGAUCCGACGUGUCUAAGCAGGCUGCUGACAUGAUCCUGUUGGAUGACAACUUUGCUUCUAUUGUCACUGGUGUAGAAGAGGGCAGGCUUAUUUUUGAUAACCUGAAGAAAUCUAUUGCCUACACCCUCACCUCCAACAUCCCUGAGAUCUCCCCCUUCUUGUUCUUCAUGAUUGCCUCCGUGCCUCUUCCUCUGGGCACCGUCACCAUUCUCUGCAUUGAUCUGGGUACUGACAUGGUCCCGGCCAUUUCCCUGGCCUAUGAGGCUGCUGAAUCAGACAUUAUGAAGCGCCAGCCACGAGACCCGUGGCACGACAAGCUCGUGAACUACAGGCUCAUCUCCAUGGCCUAUGGUCAAAUUGGCAUGAUCCAGGCUCUGGCUGGAUUCUAUGUGUACUUUGUCAUCAUGGCUGAGAACGGGUUCCUGCCUCCCAUCCUCUUUGGCAUCCGUGAGCAGUGGGACUCCAAGGCCAUCAACGAUCUGGAGGAUUACUAUGGCCAGGAAUGGACAUAUCAUGACCGCAAGAUCCUUGAGUACACCUGCCACACUGCGUUCUUUGUGGCCAUUGUGGUGGUGCAGUGGGCUGACUUGAUCAUCUGUAAGACUCGCCGUAACUCCAUCCUUCACCAGGGCAUGAAGAACAUGGUGCUUAACUUUGGAUUGUGUUUCGAAACUACACUGGCUGCCUUCCUCUCCUACACACCAGGCAUGGACAAAGGUCUAAGGAUGUAUCCCCUCAAAUUCUACUGGUGGCUGCCAGCUCUCCCGUUCUCAUUACUCAUCUUUGUGUACGACGAGUGUCGCCGGUUCGUGCUGCGCAGGAACCCUGGUGGCUGGGUGGAGAUGGAGACCUAUUAUUAAGGUUUGUAGUGAGCACAAGUUUACAAGAGCUCAAGAGCGUGGCCACCACCAGCAGCCUCCUCCCUCACAGCCAGCACUUGCAUCACUGUCACUCCUCUGUGAUGUCUGGGGAUUGGAACUGUUGUAUUAUAACCUUCAAAAGAAAUGAUAUACUUUAAUUAGAAUCCAGAGAAUAUAUAACAACCAAGUGUUGGUGGCUCAGUAAUGUGCUCUGUCAAUAAUGAUUCCAUUGCUUAUUUCUGUGUUACUUACUGGGGAUUUUAGUGUCAUUAUGGUUGUUUCUAAUUUCCCCAUUGUUAUAUAUAAGAUUUGCAGUAAGUAACAUUGAGAUAUUUGUACAGAAUCCUGGUGAAAGCAUGUAUUAAAGAGAAAAAGUGACAUAAAAAAUAAAAAAAAAUGCAGGAAACUUGGACUGAGGCUCCUGAGCCUCGCCUGGCCAGGGUGCAGGUGUGAGAAAGCAGGGAGUUCUGGAGGGCCACUAUAAAAAAUAGAUAUAUAUAUUUAAUAUUAACUAAUACAAAAAUAUAUAUUAUAAAUUAUAAAGUAUAUAUAUAAAUAUAUAUAUAUUCACACACAGACACACACAAACAUACAUACAAACACCAUAACUUACAGGUACAGUCAAAGAUGCAUGAACCACACACACACACACGCACACGCACACGCACACACACACACAUGCAUACAUGCACACAUGUAUGUAUGGCUCAAGAAAUAAUAUGAAGAAGCCCACUGUGGUGUUUAGAUGGAAAACUUUGGUUUCUUACACAAGUAGCCCUGGCAAGUUUGUCUCAUCUGUUAACUUUUGUGUAAAUUUUAGUGCACAUGAGUAGAAGUGUGAUGGCUACAGAAGUGCAGCCAAAAAACAAGUGUAAAAAAUGUGUAGAUAGUGUGUAGACAGCCCCUGAUCUUCAUAAGACGACCUAUAGUUUGCAAGAAAAGUUUUCAUAAUCCAUCAUUCGGAAUAAACUUGUUACAGCUGUCCUGCUCAAACCUUCUCCCAUGUUCGUUGGUUCAUAUUUUAACGCUGAGGUUUUAUUUUAUGUUCUCCCUCAAUCAGUGGAUAUGUAUUAACAUUUUUACAUAUGUGCAGUAAAAUCUGAAAAAUAAUACAUUUUAACUUAAAAAUAA